GGGUGACGCGGUGUGCUCGCGCGACUGCUUUCCCCGGCCCGGAUGGACCGACCCGAACACAACCUACAUCCUCCGCAUAGGUAUUGACGUGUACGCGUUGCCGGGACGACGGCCCAUCUGCGCGUUCGACCCGCCGUCCGCUGCGCGUCCGACCUGGACGCCAGGGACCGACAGCGACACGAACAUUCCGCAGCUGUCCGUUGCCGGAAACCGUCGUCGGACGCUUCGAAACGCAUCGUCGGGAAACCUAACCGCACCUCGAGCGACGGCCGUACAUCCAUCGUCAUAACGAUCACUCGCAGAUUCCAAGACUAAAUGGAUAACGAAGAGAAUACUAUGGAAAGAAUGAAUCCAAGAAAUGCUGAAUGGUGUGGAUUUAGAAUAACAAGAGAAUAUUACGCUGGUUCAGAUUAUCGUGAAUAUACUGGUCCUCUAAUUAUAAACGACAUGUUACCAGCUGAACCAAUAUUGAAGUCAACUACUGUUUCUGAAAAUCAUAUAAGUGAUCGACGUCAAUGCUCUGUGUGUUUGAUUGAUUUUACUAUUGGUAUUCAUGUACAAGAGCUAACCUGUGGUCAUAUUUUUCAUGAAAAUUGUAUCACUCCUUGGAUUAAAUUACAUAGUACAUGCCCAUUCUGUCGCAGCCAAUUAAAGCAGGAGAUGAAUUAUACUUAUCAAAAGUAUAUUAAAAAAAGAUCCCCUCUCUUCUUUUGGUAAAUUAUAAGAUUUUCACAUACCUAAAACCUAACACCUCUCCAACUUACAAGAAUCAAUUUAAUAUUCACCACAACUAAAAAAAUAUGAACUAGUAUUUCUUAUUAUAUAUUUUUAUU